AUGGAAUUUGCAGAUCCAGUAGUUGCAGAAGAAGAAACUUCUAAGGAUGUUCCUAGUCAUACAGAACAAUCCAAAACUGAAGAAACUGUGGAAAAAUUAGAAUCAGAAAUUGAUAAGGCGUAUACAGCAGUUGAAGCCAGAUUUCAAGAUUUAUGGGCCAAUGCUGCUAAAAAUGCUAGUGGCUUGCAAGACAAGUACCAUUUAGAUGAACGUAAGAAUCAAUUAUUAGAGCAAUUGAAUGCUGCUAAGGAAGGAUUGGUCUCUAAUAAUAAUGUGUUGGCUGUUAGAGAAAACUUAAAGGUGGUUGAAGACCAAUUGAAAAAGGUUAAUUUACCAGAAGUCAAUAUUGACUUGAAGAAUUUACAAACACAAGCCAAUACAGCACUUGAUACAUUAGAUUCAACUCUUGAACAAGUUGAAAAACUGGCAGGAAAAUAUGUAAGUUCAUUCACUUCCUUUUUUUCAUCAUUAGUUAGUGUUGAACCAGAAGAUGAUGGAUCCAAUGAUAAUAAAGAUAUUCUGUUUAGCUCUGCUAAUCCAAUUAGUAGUCAUGAAAGUUAUGGUACUUCUCGUUAUGACAAUGAUUUAUUCAAGUUGCAUACUGUUGAAUCAUAUUAUUUAUCAGAAGAUUUAGAUGUGAAAUCAGAAGUUGAUUCAUUCAAUGCUGAUUCUAAAACUGAUGAGAUCUCCAAGUUAUUAAGUCAAUAUCCAAAUACAUUAACUAAGACUAUGAAUGAUUUAGUUCCAGUUAAAAUCGCAUACAAUUUAUUCUGGUAUCGUUAUUUCAAGAAUGAUGCUAAAUUAAGAGAUUCAGAACAAAAGAGAAAGGAAUUAUUACAAAAGAAGACAUCUUCUGUUGGUAAUAAAGGUGAUGAAGAUGAAGAUUUCACCUGGGACGAUGAAGAGGAAGAAGAAGAUGUAGUCGAUGUAGCUAAAGAAGUUAAACAACCACAAGCUGAUCCUGUCGAUACCCUGGAUUCCAAGGCUUCUGAAGAUGACGAUUGGGAAUAA